GCGAGCGCAUCGCCAUUUUGUCAGGAGGGUUUUUUUUCCCUCCCCCUUCCAGCUUCAGUCUUUUUUCAAAUGUUUCUCCCUUCCCGCCGGAAUAAUGCUGUCAGUGGAUGUACAUUUGAUGUUUUCGGAUAAUGAGACGCGUCUAAUGGACCGGGAGAAGAAGCUCGAGAGGCCGACAUUUUAACGUGCCCGAAAGAAUUAGGCGGCGCCGCCACGAAAGUCGGCUUGUCCGCGGCGUCUGUGCUCCAGCGGGCCGGUUCACUGCGCAGGUUUGGACCGCGCGCCAUUUUGUGAAAAUUGACACAAAAUUCCAAAGCCGAAUUAGCGGAGGACGCGGCGCCCGUUUGAGGUUCAAAAACACGCCGAAGCCACCUUCGCCGUCGCGCCGCUCCAGGAGGUCGAUGCGAAUUUGACAAAAGACUGCGUAAAAAUCGCUUUGACGUAGCCUUUUUUUAGCGGCGGGGGCUAACGAUUGUUAGCUCGAGGCUAGCCUGGGAAGCUAGGUGGCUAACGUUCAUUUUGUCAACUAGCAGCACUAGUUAGCACUAGCCACAUUCGCCAAGCUUAGCUACUAACUUAGGCGUGCUAGUCAACGUUAGCAUGUUGCUAGUCAUCAGCUGAUGGUAACGUCGAUCUCCGUCGAAAAAUGGAGAGUUUACUCGAGUUGGCUGGCAAAUAAUUGUCGUGUUUGCCGGUCGGAAGACAGACGCCGGAUCGGAUUGAACGUGAUCAUUCCUCGCUAACCGUGCAAAGGGAGGGGAGAAUCUCAAGCUGGAUAAGUUUCCUCAUCAUACAGGUUAUUGGACUUUAAAUGAAGAUCGUGCCAUCAGAGUUGGUUGCCUGCUGGACUCUCCUGCCAGGAUGAUAUGACAUUUUUUCACAAGAUGCAUCCAGGAGGAGAGACUUCAGCAUGCAAACCUUCGUCUGUCCGGCUUGCGCCCUCUUUUUCUUUACACACUGCUGGUCUUCAGAUGGCUGCUCCAAUGCCCCAUACGCACCAGCAGUACAGUGAGCGCCACCAGCCAAGCACUGACCAAUCUGUUACGGUCUUACCGUACAGCGACCAGACGACACAGCUCACUGCCAAUCAGAGGCACAUGCCCCAGUGCUUUCGUGACCCAACUUCAGCUCCCCUGAGGAAGCUCUCCAUUGACCUUAUCAAAACAUACAAACACAUCAAUGAGGUGUAUUAUGCAAAAAAGAAGCGGCGGCACCAACAGGGUCAGGGCGAAGACUCCAGUCACAAAAAAGAAAGGAAGGUCUUCAAUGAUGGCUAUGACGAUGAUAACUAUGACUACAUCGUCAAGAAUGGGGAGAAGUGGAUGGACCGAUAUGAGAUUGAUUCCUUGAUAGGAAAAGGAUCGUUCGGACAGGUUGUGAAAGCAUAUGACCGAGCAGAGCAGGAAUGGGUUGCGAUUAAGAUCAUUAAGAACAAGAAAGCUUUCCUCAAUCAAGCCCAGAUUGAAGUGCGCCUCCUAGAGCUUAUGAACAAACAUGACACUGAGAUGAAAUACUACAUUGUUCACCUGAAGCGUCACUUCAUGUUUCGGAACCACCUCUGCCUCGUGUUUGAGAUGCUUUCAUAUAACCUGUACGACUUGCUCCGGAAUACCAACUUCCGCGGUGUUUCACUCAACCUCACGCGGAAGUUCGCCCAGCAGUUAUGCACAGCGCUGCUUUUCCUGGCCACGCCCGAGCUCAGCAUCAUCCACUGUGAUCUGAAGCCCGAGAACAUCCUCCUCUGCAACCCCAAGAGGAGUGCCAUCAAAAUAGUGGACUUUGGCAGCUCGUGCCAGCUGGGACAAAGGAUAUACCAGUAUAUCCAGAGUCGCUUCUAUCGUUCCCCAGAGGUGCUUCUGGGAAUGCCCUACGACCUGGCCAUUGACAUGUGGUCCUUGGGUUGCAUUUUGGUGGAGAUGCAUACUGGAGAGCCUCUCUUCAGUGGAGCCAAUGAGGUGGACCAGAUGAACAAAAUAGUGGAGGUUCUUGGCAUCCCACCUAAUCACAUAAUGGACCUAGCCCCAAAAGCCAGGAAGUUCUUCGAGAAGCUUUCAGAUGGUACAUGGAGUGUUAAAAAGACCAAAGAUGGCAAAAGGUAUAAACCUCCAGCUUCACGGAAGCUCCACUCUAUCCUGGGUGUGGAGACCGGGGGUCCGGGUGGCCGGCGGGCAGGCGAGUCUGGCCACGCUGUCGCCGACUACUUGAAGUUCAAGGACCUGAUUCUGCGAAUGCUGGACUAUGACCCCAAGAGCCGCAUCCAGCCCUACUAUGCCCUGCAGCACAGCUUCUUCAAGAAGACUGCAGACGAGGGGACCAAUACGAGCAGCAGCGUGUCAACCAGUCCCGCCUUGGAGCAGUCCCAGUCUUCAGGAACCACCUCUAGCACCUCCUCUAGUUCAGGAGGCUCAUCCGGAACAAGUACCAGUGGCAGAGCGAGAUCAGACCCUACCCAUCACCACUUACACAGUGGAGGACAUUUUGGCACCGCCAUGCCAGCCAUUGAUGGAGACAGCCUCUGCCCACAGGCUCGACAGCCUUACCCACCUCCGCUGGUGUGGGGUGGCGGUGUCGUACCGGAGUCCGUCACCGGCGAGACCCACCCAGUCCAGGAGACCACCUUCCACGUCCCUCCCCAGCACCCGAAGGCCCUGCAUCCCCACUCACACGCUCAUCACCACCAUGGGCCCAUGAUGGCCACACGGCCGCGCCCGCGCCACUACACCUCCCCAACACACAGCUCGUCGACCCAGGACUCCAUGGAGGUGGUCCACGGCCAUCUGUCUAUGACCUCCCUGUCUUCCUCUGCCUCCUCUUCCUCGACAUCUUCCUCUUCCACUGGGAACCACGGCAACCAGGCCUACCAGCUCCGCCAUUUGCCCGCCGGAGCACUCGACUUUGGUCAGAACGGUGGGCUGAGCAUGGGGCUAGGUGCCUUCUCGAACCCACGGCAGGAGACCGGCAUGGCUGCGCACCCUGCUUUCUCCAUGGGCACGAACACAGGGCCCGGCCACUACCUAGCGGAGGGCCACCUGAGCAUGAGGCAGGGCAUGGACCGGGAGGAGUCUCCAAUGACUGGAGUGUGUGUGCAGCAGAGUUCCAUGGCCAGCUCGUGACUGCGCUGACAUUUUGGCUGUGUUCCCCCUGUGCGUCAUUUUUAAGGUGGUGUUUUUUUACUACAAGGUGUGUUGAGAAUCAAAGCUGCUCACGUCAGAAGGGAGAUAUCACUGAACCGCUACUACAGAGGGAAAAAAAACCUUUGUUAAGAAGAAGUAUAUAUGUAAUUGUCAUCCUUUUUUUUUCUUUUGCAACCAUUAGGCACAAAGUAAUACUGCGGAAUAACCAUAGUGAGAUUGAGACAUCCAUCUUACCAUUUCACCGCCUUAUGGUAUUAUGUGGCAAAAGGAGCAUUUCACAGCAAAGUUAUGCCACGAAAUGCUUGCCUGACAUUACUGUUCCACUGGUUUGUCAUUAUUUUGCCCCCCUCUCUCACCCCCUCAAGCAAAAUGUCACACAAAGAAGCUGCUUGUAAAUCCUGUAGCCUGACGAGGAGGGCGAGUGUUUUUUUGCGGUGAUAUUUCUUGUCAGUGGCUCAGUGAGUGUUGUGUAACUCGACAUGACAGUGGAGUUCCCUAUAAGCGUGUGCUGGCCUGGCGGAUACAAAUGGAUAUAGACGCCGAGCGGGUCAGAGGAGAGGGAGGCUCCUGCCCCUUGCGCCAAGAUACCCCCCCCCAAAAUAUCGCGGCGCGAGCUGUGACGACACGAGAGCAGCGGAAGGAAUACAGUCUGUGGCUGGUUCUAGAUAACCCUUUGGCCUUAUGACUCAUGGACUUGGACUGGGGAUGGAGCUGGACAUUUUCAUUUUGAAUUAAGAUGGCUUUUCUCUAUUUUUCUCUCUAGACAGCCCUUAAUUCUUGAAAACAUUUUAGAAGAAAAAAAAAGCUAAAUAAGAAUGGUAAUUUGAGGCCUUUCUAGACAAAGAUUUCUUCAGCAGGGCCCCACAUAACAGGGUCUUAUUGUACACAACAACCUCCUAAACAUGACUUCCUUGAAAAAAAAUCUUAGUCACCGGUUAAGGCUUUUUGCAGUGGAAAGAACUUAUCCCAGAGUUGACCCUUUUGUUUUUUUUUGUUUUUGUUUUUUAAAAUUGUUUUCUUAUGUCUUUGCAUGUAGUUCCUCAUCAGAACCACCUGCACAAGUCUCUCCAUCCCAAAACACAUGGAAACUGAAGAAAAAAAAACAAGAGUUAAAUGACUGCCUUUUUUGUCCUCAAAUUAUGCUGUGAAUUUUACAAGAAUUUAUUUUCCCUUUGGAUAUGUUUUUUAUACCAAAGUGGUUAUUUUAUAGCAUAUUAGGUGUCUGUAACCAAUAAUGUAGCAGUUCACCACACGUUGACGAGAUCUUACCGAAGCAUCAACAAACAGCUGAUAUAUAUAUAUAUAUAUAUAUAUAUAUAUAUAUAUAUACUAGCAAAACUGGAGAGCGUUGUUCAGGCUAUUAUUGUGUACACUCUGGCCACAUUUGUUUAUCACCUUUUACCAAACCUGUUUCCAUAUUAAUUGGUAGAUUCUUUUGGGAGUCUUUUAAAGAUAAAGAAGAUUUAAAAUUAAAAAAAUUAAAAAAAAAAGUCGCUAUGUUUAGAGAAUCUGGUAGUUACUCUGCAGGCUCCGGAGUAGCAAGAUAGAAGUUGAUGGUGGUUUAAAAGAAAAAAUCAAAAAAAACAAAACAAAGGAGACAAAUGUGUUCGAUUUCUGUGUUGGCGGGUUUUUUUUUUUUUUCGCUCCAUCCUACAUACUAUUUCAAAGGGUUUUUGCUGCCUUUCGUACAUUUGGUCAACUUGGCUUGGAUAAUUGUGUUGAAUGGUAUGAUGUUUUAGUUGGCGAAGGGCACUCCCCCUUGAUUGUUGUCUGGUUCAAAGGGAAGCCUGCCAUCACAUUUUCUGCCUGGGCAGACACGCAUGUCCUGAAAAUGACUUUUUUUUUUUUUUUUUUUUUUUUUUUUUUUUUUUUUUUUUUAAAUUUUUUUUUUUUUUUACAUCAGGGAUUUUGAAGUGCUUUCUUUCCUUCUUCUGUUUGCUCAUUUUGACCAGCUUUGAAAUUAGAGAGGAGACAACCUGCCCGCGGCCACCUGUCAAAAUGGACGACAGGCCGCACAUAUACAAACACGCACACACAAACGCGUACGUCAUACUGUUGUCAUUUUAGAAGGAAUAAUCCAUUCGCCGAAUCACGCUCCCAUUAAACACCAAUGUAAAGCUACCUAUAUUGAGAAUGGGGGUUUUUAUCUGGAUGUCAAGGUUAAUUGCAAAUUUGCAAUCAUUUUUGUUCACACCCUCGCUGAAUUUGAGAUCUUUAGACACAUCGGCCGGCCGUUUUGAUCGCUGGCGCUCGUACUGGUACUAAACAUUCCAAAAAUAAAGAGUGAAAAAGACAAAAAAAUUGACUGCAGUGACUCGUAAGUGUGCGCCUAUAUUUCUGAUCAUGCUGAUUGACCUCUUAUUUAGAGCAGUUGUCAUGAAAUGCAGCCCCUUUUUAAUAGUUGAAAUAGAAUUUAUGUAUAUAUUUAUAUUUUUUUAAUAAAGGAAGUAUAGAACUCACUACCUUGCUCCUGCUGGUAUGUUGAUUAUGUUUGUCAAAUUGGGUGACCAUUCAUUGGGGCAGGAACUCCUGUUUUUUUCUUAGUGGCAAAAACUUGACUGCAUCAGGACAACACUAUGAGGUAGGGUUUGAAUCAAACAGGGAACGCUAGAUCUUCAAACCUUAAUAAUUUUCACAGGGUAUAUUGUAAGUGCAUGUACAUCACAAACCUUACUUUUUUGGUUCUAUGAGAAGCACAUGGUUGGUGAAUAAAAAAAAUAUAUAAGGUUCCAUCUUUCAUACGCCUGUUCUGUUUGUGUGUUGGACACAAACACUUUCUUGACAUAUCUGAACACCCAGCAGAAGUGGAGAUCCUCUUAUUUAAUUUAGAUUGAUCCCUUUUUUUUUUUCAUUUUAUACCACAUUUUUUUCACAUUUUUUUGUACAUGCAACAUGCACUAUAGAAUUGAACAGCAUGGGGGAAAAGGAUAAGUCCAUGUAUCCACAGAUUGUAAGAUCUAGUCAAGACUUUGCUGUGUUUAUGACAAUGCCCUUUGUAUUAUAUUAAGACAGUCUUAUGUAUGAUAUAUAAAAAGAAGUUAAUUGAAA